GGACCGUCUCCGUCAAUGAAAUAGUUAGAUCUGUCAGUGCCAACUAUCGCCUCGGUCUCGACGGAGCAUUUUAGAUUUCAUCUAUCGCGUUGUCCCAUCGAGACCGUUUUCUAAAAGUGUUUUUCCUCAAGCUGGCCGCCCGGGUGCCGCGGUUUCCGUACCGUUGUCAAACGACACGAAAGGGAGAGAAAAGACAGUGUUCGUUUGCGAAACGUCUCUCGACGCGUACCUUGCCCGACGGAAAUACAACGAUCAAAGACAUAACAAUCGCCUAACCGUCCUCCCGGUUCUCGGUUCAAUCCACGUCGGUUACGAAACGAAACAAUUAACGGCCAGAGAUGUCGUCGCGUGAAUUUCAAAAGGAAAUAAAAAACGUAGCGAAAAAUUAAAAAAAAAAAUAUAGAAACGGACGAAGAACGACUACGUUCUAGGCGCGAGGAUCGUAAAAACGCGAAUCGUCCCGAUAAACGAGCGGACUCGCCACCCGGUAAUCGUUAACUCGUAAAAUUCAAUUCGCCCGGUUGCGUUUAUCUGCUGUUUACCAUUUUGUCUCGCGACGCAGCCCUGCGAUAUGGAGCAAGGGACACGAGGAUAGCAUGGGGGCAAGGCCACGGGAAUUCGUCGUUUUCCAUGGUAAACGAAAGGGAUGCGUUCGAGAAUGUGCUUCGCGGGUCACGGGAACCAAGUAUCAAAACAGUCGACACAGUUUUGAGAACGACGCCGAAAACGGGGAUCCCCGAGUCUAUGAAUUCGGCCAGCAUUCAACCCACUGUCGAGGAUCCGGUUACGAAACACCAGGAGAAUGGCUAUAUAUCCGUCGCAGCGAGUCACACGGGGUCCUCAGUAGAAGAUGAUAGAAGACCAGGUGCAUCAACAUCCGGUACGACUACCACCCGACAAACACGCCCAUGUCGAUGUCCCAGGAGUCAAAUUUGAAAAUGAUCAAUCCAGGGAACCUCUGCUCUCCGAAAAGCAAAGUUCCACCAGGAUAACACCAGCGGAGACCCGUUCACCGGCCGGGAAGACGGUCACGAGCACGUCCUCGGCCACGGACAUAACCAUGGUCACGGAUCCGAACAUGUGCAUGGACAGCAACGUUAACAUUGUGAUCGUGACCACCGUCGCGGUGGACGCCGCCAACAAGUCCCUGGACGAGGAUUACAUGGAGGUGCCCAUCUUCGAGGAGGGGACCACCGACAGCGGACGUCUGCCCGACGUCGUCGCCGAGAGCAAACUUUACGGCGUCACCGAGGAGGAACCGAUCGAGUCCUACCUGGCGAUCACCAUUCAAGUUUUCAUACCGUUUCUCAUCGCUGGCCUUGGCAUGGUGGGGGCUGGAUUAGUUCUGGAUUUGGUGCAACACUGGGUGGUUUUCGAAAAAGUAAGCGAGCUGAUCAUUUUGGUGCCGGCGCUGUUGGGCCUGAAAGGCAAUUUGGAGAUGACAUUGGCGUCGCGACUCUCUACCCAAGCGAACCUAGGGAACAUGGACACGCCGAAACAACAAUGGUACAUGAUCGUUGGAAACCUAGUAUUGAUUCAGUGCCAGGCGAUAGUGGUUGGAUUUCUGGGCUCCCUGGUGGCGAUCGUGAUGGGGGCGUUUCGAAACGGUACCAUAUCGUUGGAUCAUUCUUACCUGUUGUGCGCGAGCAGCCUGGUCACGGCGUCCCUGGCGUCGUUCGUCCUCGGGCUGAUAACCGCGGGCGUGAUCGUUUUCUCACGGCAUUGCCACAUAAAUCCAGACAACGUCGCGACGCCAAUAGCCGCCAGCCUCGGCGACAUCACAUCCCUGGCUUUGCUCUCUUGGAUCUCCACGAUCCUCUACGAGUCGAUAAACAAGCAAGAUUGGGUCGCCCCGCUCGUGAUCGCCUGUUACAUCCUGGUUACGCCGCUCUGGGUAUGGAUCGCCAAGAGGAACAAGUACACCAACGGCGUCCUCUACUUCGGAUGGACCCCCGUCAUGAUCGCUAUGUUGAUAAGCAGUUGCGGCGGUCUGAUACUGGAAUUCAUGGUAUCGCGGUUCGAGAACUUGACCGUUUUCCAACCGGUGAUCAACGGCGUCGGUGGGAAUCUAGUGGCUGUCCAAGCGAGUAGAAUAUCGACGGCUCUUCACAAACAAGCAGAACUGGGAACGCUUCUGAUACCACCGGGUCACACGCACCCCGUGAUCUUCAUCACUCCUAUCGCGAAUUUUUUCGGCAAAGGUAUACACGCGAGGACCACCAGAGUUCUAAUGGCGAUGGUGAUACCGGGGCACAUAAUUUUCAUUUACCUGAUCAAUUACAUGAAGGAUGGCGAGACCUCGCUGACGCCUCUGUUCGUUUUCGUUUAUUUAUGCGCCGCCAUGUUGCAAGUCGCCGCGCUCCUCUACAUCGCCUACAUAAUGAUACACUGGAUGUGGAAGCGAAAAAUCGAUCCCGACAAUUCGGCGAUACCGUAUCUGACGUCGAUGGGCGAUCUGCUCGGUAUCAGUUUGCUCGCGAUCGCCUUUCAGUUUCUUUAUCUGGUCGGCGAUCAAGACUCCGACCGACCGAUCGCCCCGUGAAGAGCCACCGUACGGUCCCUAUCGGUCUCGGUCGGUGUCCCAACGAUAAGUAUCGUCGGUGGGCGGCCAAUGUAUAAUUGUCGGUAGUUUCCGUUACACCGUCGACGUUGUUACUGUUACGCGUUAUCAGUUUCCUCCGUUCUCGUGAAAAUAUAACAAACUCGAGGUACUCGCGACCGUUGACACCGAUACAGCGAUAAACGACAACACGUCGUCGAAUGAAGGCUGAUCAAGGCCUAAAGAGGCUGUGCCUCUGCGAAAGUAUACCAUUGUACCGCGUAUCGUGAAGAAAACGGGAAGCAAGAAUAAUUAGCCACGGGGUCUUCUCCCCUCGACGUUUAUCGUAAUCGGGCCGAAAUCAUUUUUUCCGUUCGGCUAGACCAACUUUUCUACCAAAAUGGCCGUCGAUAUCGCUGCGCACGCUUCCUCCUGGUUCGAAACGAGAGAAACGAGCGUAACGCAAUUAGAACGAAUUCAAGUAAACAUUUCCUUAGAGCAAUCUACGUCGCGUAGUCCUAUGCGAGGCCAAAGCCUACGGGGUCUAGCCCAGGCAUGUCCACGGUUGGUCGCCCGUUUCCCUCCUGAAAGACGAUACGUUCGAUUCUCGUCGAGUACGUUCCGCGUUGGACAAAGGGGGUAUUAAAGUGCCUGAGCUCCGGAGCCUGGCUCGGACAUGCCUGCUCUAGUCGUAAGCGUUUCGAAGCAGCGGACGAUCCGUGUCCUCGUGAAACAUGGCCGGCCAGAUACCACGGGGAAACGGAGCAAAACGAAGAAAUAGAAAUAACACCCCGAGUACCGCCUCGCUUUUUUCAUUUUCUGUUCCGUUUGGGCGUCGAUACGUCGUGUGUCCGCGUCAAGUACCCAACAAAGUAUGCGUGAUUCUCGUUCGUAACGUCACGAUGCGUAUGUGUCUUUGAACAGUUGCCUUCGUAUACGACGGGGAUUGGAUAGACGUUGUCCUAGGUACCGUCUAAUGCCCGUGAGAACUAUUUUUUGACGCUUUGAAAAAACUCGCGAAUUUAUGCGGCUCUCCUUGCGGUAUCUACCUUACCUAUCCACCUGCACUCUAUCGACCGUUCGAACUCAACCAACAACGUGCAAGGCUGAUACGUAAGUGGUCGCCGUGGCUUUUGUAUCCCGCGUUGCUCUGCAAGUCUUCCAACGAACCUAGGAGUUGUAUGUUCAAUAUGUUCAAUAUGAGGUUCCAACUCCUUCGUGAAUACGGUACGAAAAUUCAACGUUCGGUUACAUGCGUACCGCUCGUUCGAAACGGAGAUGGGCGAGAUAAAUAAAUACAGGGUGUCAGGAAAAGGGUUCAGGACUUGGAUGACAGACGGUGCUUUGUCUUCCAUUUAGUACCAUCUGUUCUACAAGGCCUUCAACCCCAUUUUAAAUACCCUGUAUAAAGGGUGUUCAACCACCUCUGGGAGAAAUUUUAAUAGGAGAUUCUAGGAGCCAAAAUAAGACGAAAAUGAAGAAUACCAAUUUGUUGAUCGAGGCUUUGUUAAAUAGUUAUUAACGUUUAAAGUUCCACCUGUAGAACGGCAAUCUGCGCAGAACUGCAUGAGCGUGAUACUGGUUCUCAUUCAGUUUUACAUGCGGAACUUUAAACGUUAAUAACUUUUUAACGAAGCCUCGAUCGACAAAUCGGUAUUCUUCAUUUUCGUCUUAUUUUGGCCCCCAGAAUCUCCUAUUAAAAUUUCUCCCAGGGUUGACCGAACAAUCAGGGAUUUUUAUUUCUAUUCGACGACUUACUGUUAUUCGUUAUUUAAAAAUUUUUUAUUUGGAACGUUACCUGUCUCUGGUUCAAAGUAAAGGUAGAGUGGAUGUAAAGAGAUCUGCUCCGACCAAGGGACGCUGUCGAUAUCCACCGUAGAGUCAAACCUGAAAAGGAAUAGAAUAUUAUUCGAACGAAAGAUAACGAAUGAAAAAUAUUUAUUCGUACCAUUCGAAUUCGAAUUUUUAUUCGAUCCGUAACAGGUGAAAUGUUUGUAUUUUACUUGUUACUCGAGAUUUUUUAUCUAGAUAAGAAUGUUGCCCAUCUCUGGCCAGAACACGGAAAAACGCGUCGAACGGUUGAAAUACUUAUGGCAGAGCUUCCACUAGAAAAUUGUUGUAAAAUCUUCGACGGAAACGGAUUGUACUCCUUACAUACAGGAAUAUGUAAAUUCUAUUAUAUCCGUUUCUAUUCGAAGGAUAAUCCCAUGCCAGCACGGCCCUGUUGCAGAGAUGAGCAAAUUUUAUUUCGAACAACGAAUAAAUUUUUAUUCAUAACAGUGAAAUUUUAUGAUAUUUGAACAAAUAUUUCGAUAAAGAUUUAUUCGUGUUACAGUCACAUAAUUUUGUUUACUUGCACUAUAUUUGAACAAAUAGUCACGUAGCAUGAUCGAGCAUGAAUGCGCCGAAGAAUAUCGAAACGAUUAACAAAAUUGUCGUGAACACGAUCGUUCCUUACGUUACAUUCCAACGAUUAUUAAUAUCGCUCAAAACAAUUCGUUUGAAAUUGCCUUAACCAAAGCGGAGAGUAUCUUCGAAUAAUUCUUACCAAAGACAGGCGGCUGUACUGCUUCCUAGUACAAAGUGAUUCUCGAAUUAGAAUUAAGGGGAUCCUUCUGUAAAUCGAUAUACAGGUUACAUCACGCUAUUGGGUCUGGCUGUAUUUCGAAUUUCGAAAUAGAUACGAAAAAAUUGUACAAUGGAAAGUUAAACGGUUGUUCACUUACGAAAAAAAGUGAAGUAGAAGAAUAGACAUUAUCGUACCGUUCAACUGCUCCCUCUACAGUUUCUUCCAUCUUCUACCGAAUUUGAGGUACAACGUGACUCAGUUGCGUUAGACAGUAUGUAGACUCGAAACUUGUAUCGACAAUGUAUUUCUUUACCAUUCAACAAGGUGAUAUAUUAUUUAUUCAAUGUCUACUAUUUCUGGUAUACGUAGAUCGCGUUCCAUGUCUAUUAAUUUUGCCCCUUGAUGGGCCGCACGAUCGAAAAGAAUACUUAACCCCCUACAACUUUCUAGAAACACUCCUCGAUUGUAACAUCGAUGUUUCAAGCCCGCCAUAAACUGGUGUUUACGCGACAUCUAACGUCAACAAUUGCAACUUCAAAUAAUCUCGAUUAUAGGGGGUUAAGAAAACUGAUUACUACUUUUAUCGACAACAUUAUCUAUAACUUUUGAAAUCUAAAGGAUCAUCGACUAGAAUAGUUAUUCCCGUAUAAAAGCAACUAGUCAAAUCGGCCACGAAUUGAACAAAGCACUUCCUUUUUACGUUACUUCCUUAACCUCUUGCCGUACGACUUUGUAAUCCGUUUUACGAAUACCUUGCAAAUAUG